UUCAUCUCUCUCUCCUCUCCUCUCCUCUCUUCAGGCGACGGAGAGGCAGCGGCACGCGGCGGCAGUGCGGCCGGACAACGGUGCCUAUGCGGAGGAGCUCGGCCGAGCGACGGCUCGGCGCGAGCGUGGCCGUGUGGCGGCGCCGGCCCCGGCACGGGUCGCGGCCUCGGCGGUGCGGACGGGCAGCGGUGCCGAUGCGGAGGAGCUCGGCCGAGGGACGGCGGCACCAUUUCUGGCUUCCCUGCCUCCUCCCUCCCCGCCCACCUCGCCGGCCGCCGCGCGCCGCCCGUCUCCCGUCUCCGCCGCGCGCUGCUUUGCUGCUGGUGAGGUGAGAGAAAAAGAAACAGUGAGAGAGAUGACCAGUUCGCUCGCGCUGCCCGCAACUUUCUCCUACCUCCGGCCGUCCAACUCCUCUUCCCUCUCACAGGCUCACACACUUGGCGCGCCCCUUGAUCAAUUCGUUCCCCUUCUUUUUCUUCCCCCUUGCUUGCAGAUGGGGGCAACUAGAGGAAGCGGCUGAGACAGGCAGAGGCGGCGGGCAUGGUGGCGCCGCAUGCAGAAGUGUCGUUGCAGCCGCAGGCGCAGGGGCAAGGGGCACAAGGUAGUGAGCCUCGCGCAGCUGCACAAGCGGCCGGCGGUGACGGUGCUCAGUCUCGAGUUAGACGAUGGCGGGUCGGAGCACGUGUCGACGACGGCCUCCUCCGCAUCGUCUCUCCUCUCCGAGACGAGCUCGUCACGCAAUUCGACCAGUACGAGAACGAGAUGGUGCAUCUGUUUCAGGAUCAUCUCUGCUUGCUUGUUGUAGACGGAGAGGCUCCAUCGCGUGCUCGGCAAGGCGAGGCGGCGGCAAUACCAGUCGCUGCUCGGCGCGGCGGAGGCGCGCAGGAUGAGGGAUAAGGAGGCAGAGGCCUCGAAUGCGGCGCGACACAUCGGCGAGCUAGAGGAGCGUGUCGCGCGGCUGAGGGCGGAGGCGGCGGCGCGGCAGGCGAAGGCGCUUGCCGACCAGUUCACCGCGCGCCGCUCCGCCCACCACACGCCGCCACUCCGCUUCGCCCCGCCGCCCGCCAUCGCUCCGCCCACCGCCCCCCUCUGCGCCGCCGCUCGCCGUUCUGUAGGGGAGAGAGAGAGGGGGAUAGAGAGAAAAGGGGGCUGACAUGUGGGACCACAUGGGCCCCACCUUUUCUUAUUAUUUUUUUAUAGCUGACAUGUGGGUCCCAUGGUUUUUAAUUAUUUUUCCAGGAUCCAAUUGCCACAUAAGUGACACGUCAAUGCCACAUGGGACGAGGAUCUAGUCAAAGGGAGCCACGUAGGCGCCACGUCAUCCAAAACCGGACAUAAUACUGCCGAGGGACAUUUUCUGCACGGUUUUAUUGUGGUGAAGCUGGAUCUCCAUGACAACAAGGACAAGCAGAAGGCCAUGAAGGUCGUCUCCACGCUUGCCGGCAUCGACGCCAUUUCCAUGGACAUGGCGUCGCGCAAGAUGACGGUGAUCGGCACGGUUGACCCGGUGAACGUGGUGAGCAAGCUGCGCAAGGCGUCCUGGCCGGCCUACAUCGAGUCCCUCGGCCCGGCCAAGGAGCCGGAGAAGAAGAAGGAGGGCGGCGGCGAUGCCAAGAAGGAUGGCGGCGAUGGCAAGAAGGAGGGAGGAGGAGACGGCAAGAAGGAAGGCGGCGAUGGGAAGAAGGAAGGUGACGGCAAGAAGGGUGAGGCGGCGGCGGCGGCCAAGAAAGAGGAAGGCGGCGGCGAGAAGAAAGUCGCGGCGGUGGCACCGAUGCCGAUGCCGAUGCACCAACUGCCACCGCCGUACAUGUUCAACGCCGGGUACAUGAACCAGUACCGGCCGCCGCCGCCGCCGCCGCCGGCCUACCCGUACGCGCCGCCACAGUACUACUACGCGAGGGACAUGAGCAUGGAGGAGAACCCCAACCCGUGUGCCAUUUGCUGAUCGAAUGGUAUUCUUGCAUUGCAUCUGAUCUGUAGCAACUAGCAAGUAGCCCUACGUACAUUUUCUCGAACAUGAUGUGUAUACUGUUUUUUUUUUUUUUUUUUUUUUUUGAGAACCGAUGUGUAUACUGCAUAGUAGUGUAUCUCGUGUUUGAAUUGGAGGGUAGAAGAAUUUGCCGGCAACUUUGAAUUUCUGACGAGAAGGGCGGUAUCGAGUCAAACCAUUGCAUGGAAGAACCAUACUAAUUCAGAUGCCUGUUGACUGUUGCCCGUGGUAUUAAUGGAGAAAUUAGCCA